AUGACCUCCUACACGAGCUUCCAGCAGUACGAUCUUCUGGACUCCGAGGGCUACGGAUCGGCUAGCAGCCCGGAAUCGAAUCCGCGCGGCAACUGGCACCACCAGGAGAUCUAUCCGCAGCCGCCGCGAUCCCGUGGCAGCAGCUGCGGCAGCGUCAGUUCCGUGGACAGUCACCACCAGCAGGAGUAUCAGGAAAUCGGCGGCGUUCCCAAUGGCAGCUUUCACGUGACCGCUGGUUUCAACUUCGGCGAUUUCUACGAGGGCUACUAUCAAGAAAUCGGCCGGAACGAGCAUCAGGCGACAACCUUGAUGAACGACAACGGCGUCAGGAGCGUCAAGGAGCAUCACGCCAAGGUGAUCUUCAGGAUGAACGAACAGUGUACGGCUUACGAGGACACCGGGUCCAGAAUGACCUUCAACGAGGCCGCUGUGAGCAAGCAGGAUCCAGCUGGAUAUGUGCAGAAGAUGGAGCAUCAUCCUGCAUCCGGAGUGUUCGCCAAUUCCAGGACUGACUUCGGUCCGAGUCAAGAAGUCGUUUUUGCUACAACAAAGACCUACGCAAAGAGCGGCGUCUAUCAUCAUCAGCGGAACGACAGUCAUCCCUACGCACCGCGGACGGACGUUCUUUACUUGGGCACCGCUUACGGCGUGCCGAGAAGCGAGAUCGGUCUGCCGGGCGGACAGCCCAACAAAUGCGAUCAGUCGAGGUAUCAUCCAAGGAACGACGGUCAUCACGUUCUGCCGGCUGACUACGCCGGACAGAAAUCCAAGGAGACCGCGAUACAGAAGAUGAAGAGCAGCACGCCGGGUAUCGAGGUGCUGAGGAAGAGGCGCUUGGCGGCGAACGCCCGGGAGAGGAGAAGGAUGAACAGUCUGAACGACGCCUUCGACCGGCUACGGGACGUUGUGCCCAGUCUGGGCAAUGACAGAAAGCUCAGCAAGUUCGAGACGCUGCAAAUGGCGCAGACCUACAUCGCCGCGCUCUACGAACUGCUGCAACGCGAAUGAAAACACAUCACGAGAGAGAUCGUAUUCUCUUACGAAAAGGAGAACGAGCGAUGUCGUCGCCUGAUGUUUCGCGUGUGUGUUCACCGCGACGAUCCGGAAUUCUCGAAGAUUACGGAACAUUAACAAAAACAAAACAAAAACAAAAAAAAUCAAAGGCGAGUCUCUGAUGAACACGAGAAGUCGCCUUCCUAAGAUUCUCGAAUCUCGAGGCUGUGUACUAGACGAACUGAAGUCGUUCUGACGGGCUUUCGAGAGAGAAACGUUGAAUAUUCGUCUUGGGAGUUUCCUUCUCGUCGGAAGAUGCAAAUCGAUGACGGAUCGGUUCUUCGACGAAGAGGACGACGAUGCGUCCUUCCCUCGACAGACUUCUACAGGUAAUGACGAAUUGUCGGGCGUACCCCGGGAAUGAGACGGCUCGCUCGCGAGGAGUAGGAAUUAACGAGCAAGUUGGGAAUCCAGACUUCUCAUUAACUUGUAAACAAGUCACUCGGCCAUCGUGGUAUCGAUCGUAAACGGGUGUACGAUGUAAGCAGAAAACACACACC